AUGUCGUCCGCGCAAAUGGACCCACACGACAAGAUGAGAUCACGUGACCUGAGUAAAGUCGCGAAAGGCCAGCAAGCGCCAAGACCAGCGCACUCUCCCGGCACGGUGUCGCCUCCACCCCAGAACGAAACCACGUUUCGAGCUAAGAGAGGAGAAGAUGGUGGUGGAGAGACUGAUUCGGUGAGGGAUGAUCUGUUUCUGGUGACUAAUGAAACUCGACAUUGCUUCAAUCGGUAUAUGCAAUACCAUAGGUGUCUUGAGGGAAGAGAUACGAAUGAUUGUAACAGUUUGAGAGAUUACGUACGUACGAUGUGCCCUGAAACACUGGUUGAGAAAUGGGAGGAACAGAGAAAGUCUGGGACACUGCCAUCGUCAGUUUGA